UUGAAACGAAAGGCAGUUUUCGUUGUCUUUGUUAUUUGUGUAUGCGGAAAGAAAGUAAGCUUCAGUGAAGACUAUUGUUUACUGGAUGACUUGUCACUUGGUGUUAUAGAGUCACGUCAGCAUCUUUGGUUAUCGUUUUGUUGUGAAAUAGCCCGAUAUGGAAACUAAUGAUGUUAUAACUUUUAUACAUUACAGGAAACCAAAGAUGUUGAAACUUUCUAUCAGUGUGUUUUAUGUGAUAAGAUUUUUCAACAAUAUGAUGAUUUAGAAGAACAUUGCAAAAUACAUGUUAAAGAAGAUAAAACUGAUGAUGAAGAUGAAUAUUGUCAUGUUAAAGAAGAUAAAACUGAUGAUGUAGAUGUGGUCGUAAGGUGUGAUCGUCCUGCAAAGCGUGCCCGUACGGAUUUGACAUUGGAUGUCAAGCAGCAACUUAUAGCAGAUUUUGAGAAAGUUCCACGACCUACACAGAAGGAAUUAGCAAUUAAGUAUUCAAUUGGCCGUACAACAGUAUCUGACAUUUUAAAAAGAAAAGAUGAAUUCAAACUGAAGCUUGCUGAUAACUUUAACAGCAGUAAGAAACGAUUUUACGGGAACACUAAAUUUGAAUACAUUAGCAGAAAGACGCACGAGUGGUUCGUACGUGCCCGAAGUAAAAAUGUUCCAUUAUCAGGCCCAAUAAUAAAGACUAAAGCAUUGCGUUUUGCGAAAGAAACAAAUUGUACUGAUUUUAAAGCAUCAGAUGGCUGGCUAGCUUCAUGGAAAGAUCGUUACAACAUCAAAACCUUCAAAGUUACUGGAGAAAAAGUGGCAGUUGAUCUGGAUAAAGUUGAAAAAUUCCGCGCACGCAUUUCGUCAAUUGUUGAAGAAUUCCGUGUACGCAUUCCGUCAAUUGUUGAAGGGUAUUCUCAGGAAAACAUAUUUAAUUGUGAUGAAACUGGUUUGUUUUUUAGGGCAUUACCCGACCAAACAUUAUGUGAUAAAAAAAUGAGCGCUAAAGGUGGUAAAAAUUCAGACGAACGAUUAACAAUCUUAUUUUGUUGUAGUGCGACAGGUGAGAAACUGAAGCCCCUUGUGAUCGGAGUAGCGGAGAAUCCUCGAUGCUUUAAGGGUGUGGACAAAAACAACCUGUCAGUCAAUUGGUUGGCCAAUCGUAAGGUUUGGAUGACAAGUGCUAUUUUUUCAGAUUGGUUAGAAGAACUCAAUCGUCAAAUGAGGCGUCAACGUCGUCACAUCCUUCUGUUUAUGGACAAUGCAGCGUCUCAUAUCAGUGAUACCUAUAGCAAUGUAAUUAUUAAAUUUUUUCCACCAAAUACAACAUCAAUUUUACAGCCAUUGGAACAGGGUAUCAUAAGAUCAUUUAAGGCACGUUUCAGGCUCCAUAUGAUGAACCAUUUAAUAACCAGAAUUGACGAAUGUAACCAGGCCAAUGACUUAGUGAAACAGAUAACAGUUCUAGAUGCCAUACAUUGGAUUGUUAGAUCAUGGAGGGAAACGAAAGUAUCGACCAUCACCAAAUCUUUUCAACGCUGUGGUUUUGAUGUAUCAACUGACGAAGAAGAAGACGAUUUAUCGCUUGCUAAACUAAUCAAAUCCUUGGUGCUGUCUUCAAACACAUCAGAAGAAGACUUUAUCAAUUUCGACAACGAGAUCCCGACGGAAUGUGAUGAGGAGGAAAAAGAUGAACAUGUAACUUCGAAUGAAGACAAAGAUGAAGACGAUACAGUGUCAACAGAUUUAACGUAUGCCAAAUGUUUACACAUGUUACAUGAUAUAAAAACAUUCGCUCAAAUUAAAGACGUUGGAUUGGUUGAAAGCAUUCAAUCAUUAGAAGACCAAUUUCAGGAAUCCGCUUUACGAUAUUCAAAGCAGAACCAGAAACAAUCAACUAGAUGAAUAUAUACA